AUUAUAUGUAUUUAUAUAUGCGCAAUUUUGUGUUUAGACACGGAGGUUACAACCGACGAAGUCCUAAUGCUGAAAGGAAGCUUGUCGCCGUAUCUCGACACUCACAAUGAAGAAGAGUCGUCUUAUGUAACGCUCAGCAAUGGGCCGUAUGCAUAUGUAGCAGAUUCCACGAGCACGGAACAUAACUCCUACAAUCACGUCCUCGUAGAUGUAUACUUUGUAACGCCCAUCCUCUGUAAACAUUGUGAAGAUUAUAUCUGGGGUACCGGGAAAGUGGGGGUCAAGUGCAAAGAGUGCCACGCGUGCUUCCACAUCGUGUGCUCGGACUACAGCGGCCAGCACCUGUGCAAAUGGACUACCAAGGGUCACGCGCUACCGGGCCAGGUUCACGACAAGGACAAGCCUGUCAGUGAGUGGACAUCGCUGAACGUAGUUGAAUGGAUGUCAGCCUUAAAUCUAUAUCGCUAUGCGGACGUCUUCAAAUCGAAGGACAUCAAAGGCAGCGAUCUGCUUCAUCUGGAUCGGGAAAAGCUCAUGAAUAUGGGUAUAAAAGAUGAAUUCCAUCAGAGGAACAUUUUGGUGUGCAUCGAGGAACUCUGCAAAACGUUACCACCGCCUCCAGUGGCGGUGGAGACGAUGGGUUCAGCGCUCAACACGACGACGCCGACGCCCGGCGUCGUCGUCGAAUCGGCCUGUUCCCUCGGAGUCAACUAUCCGGGCAACAACCUGGCCAAUAACGCGCACAACCUCGUGCCACACAGCUUCAGCGUGUUGGAGAAGUGCGGCAAAUGCCACAAAUACCUCAGGGGCCUCUUACAUCAGGGCUUCCUUUGCCAAGAUUGCGGGCUGGUCUCUCACAGGACGUGUUCAGCGACGGGUUUACCUUCCAAUUGCAUAUCGGUCGACUCGGACAAUCGUAUCAGCAGGUUUACUUCAGUGUUCGGCCUCGCGCUGUGCUCGCAAUUCGACACCGGCAGCCGUGCGGCGCCGAUUCUGGUGGAGCGAUGUACCCGCGCCCUCGAGGAGCAGGCGUUCGCCGACACGACGUUGGACCUCUACAAAGUUUACCACAGCAGCCCGCCUAAUGAGCAGACCCUCGAGCUGCGACAGAAGCUGAACGAAGACGUCUGCAACGCGGAUUUAAAUCCAUACACUCCCCAAUGUAUCGCCAGUGUAUUGAAAAAGUUUCUACGUGAAUUGCCAGACCCAGUGAUCCCGGUGCAAUGGUACGACAGGUUUCUGGAUGCGUCGAGUAAAAGCGAUGAGCAGUGCGCGACGCGUCUCAAUCAAUUAGUAUCGGAGCUACCGGAGCAUCAUCGUAGCACAUUGUGCCAUUUAAUGGCGCAUUUCUGUCGUAUCUGUCAGUUGCAGCACGGAAGGGGUUACACGGAACCACCGACCAUCCUCGUACAAGUGCUCUGCCAUAUAUUUCUCAGGCCGCCCUGGGAGCGAAUCAUCCAAGUUGUUCACAACACGGAGGCACACAUACGCAUAAUGGAAUUGCUACUAUUACACGGCGAUUGGAGCGAGAGGCUACCGGAGUUUGCCAGUGCCCCACAAUUGCCGCCACGUAAAGUUUCGAGACCACAGUUUCCGAUUUUGGAUCCAUUCCCGGUUCUUGAAGACGAAGCUGUAGACAGAACGGCACCUGGUGCAGAUACUGGCAAGGACCAACAGUCGCAUAGGCCGCGCACGCUACAGGAAGCUGAAUGGUAUUGGGGUGAAAUCACGAGGGACGAUGUAAACGAGAUGAUGAUAGACUCGCCGGAUGGCACCUUCCUGGUACGCAAUGCGUCUUCCAAAGGUGGCGAGUACACUCUAACGCUACGUAAAGGCGGGACCAAUAAACUCAUCAAAAUCAGUCACCGAAACGGAAAAUAUGGAUUUUCGGAUCCUUAUAACUUCCACUCGGUCAUCGAGCUGGUCGACUACUAUAGGAACUGUUCGCUCGCACAGUAUAAUUCGGUGCUGGAUAUUAAGUUGCUUUAUCCGGUGUCACGAUUUCAACAGGAUGACGAGAUCGCAAAUACGACCGAUAUGACAAAAGUCGUGCAGAAAUUUGUCGAGUUGGAAAAAGAUAUAAAUGAUACAAUCCGGCAAUAUCAAAACUGUUCGGAUUUGUACAGUAAAACGGCCUACGAAGUUCAGUUGAAGCGUAAUGCAUUGGAAGCUUUCACAGAGGCCAUCAAGAUGUUCGAGGAACAAAUAAAGUUGCAAGAAAGAUGCAAGAUAGAAGCCCAACCACAUGAGAUUUCUACUUUGACAGACAAUUCGGAACUGUUGAAACGAAGACUGAAGGCCUUAGAAGAUAGCAAAGAACAACUGGAUGAGAGUCUGAAACAACAGAUCGCCUACUAUAGGACUCUUGAGAGAGAAAUGUACAAGCUGAAGUCGGACAUCGGAUUACUUGUGCGACAAAAGGAUCGCCAUUCUCAAUGGUUAAAGAAGAAUGGGAUGAAGCAAAACAAAGAGGAAGUGGACUUUGCAGUUCAUUCCGAUGAGAAAACGUGGCUGUAUUUGCAGGGUUCUCGUCCUGAUGCUGAUCAUAUUCUAAAGGGUCGACCCGAUGGUACCUUCCUUGUUCGUCGAUCGAGAACGGGCCAGUACGCACUUUCUAUAGUGUGCAACGGUACAGUACAGCAUUGCAUAAUAUACGCCACUGAGCGCGGUUACGGCUUCGCCGAGCCAUACAACAUUCACGAGACCCUGAAACACCUAGUGCUGCACUAUGCUCAGAACUCUUUGGAGGAACAUAACGAGUGCCUGACUACCACUCUGGCCUAUCCCGCGUUUGCGCCGCCCGCGGCGCUAGCGCAACUACAGGCCCAGCAGAAACAGCUGCAGAUUCAUAUUCAGAAUCAAUUGCCGUUCGCGCGACCGCCCCAUGAGAAUCAGCUCGUCAUGCCGCAUACAUAAUAUUGGCCUGUCGAGCGUCGCGAUCAGGAUCCGCUCGAGUCCGAGUACGUUUACGCACGCGCG